AUGGCACCUCUCGGCUUCGGGGUCAGUUUAUUGACGGCUCUAUUAUUUCUCGUUCGUUUGACGGUGGGACAGAUCGAAGUUCCAAAUACACCGCGGUGUUAUUUUCCAGAUGGGUCUCUACGAAAUUCGACGGAUUACCAGCCUUGCAACAAUGUCAGAGGGCAACAUUCGAUGUGCUGUGCGAUAGCAAACCGAGGAUCGAGUGCAGAUAUCUGUUUAUCGAAUGGAUUGUGUUCCGGGGCCACGGCAGAUGGUGUAUCAAGGGCUCUUUGGAGGGAAGGUUGUACAGACCCUACGUGGGAAGAUCCUGCAUGCCUGAAGAUUUGUCUCAAGAAAGGCUCUAAGUAUGAUUGGUUCAGCUCGGACGCACCUAUCACCCUAUGUCAAGACGGAACCGUCUGUUGCGGUGGCAAAGUCACUGGCGGCAAAUGCUGCGAAGCUGGUGAAGGCGUUCAACUUCCCACGAACUUUUUACGGUCAACUGCGACAGUAAUCAGUACCAUUGUUUCCGCCGUUCAACCGUCCUCCAUACCUACCACAGAGAGGAGCGAGGCGACCGUAUCAACUAGCAGUUCAUCGGUCAGAACUUCAAGUCCAAGAAGUGGAGCCUCUUCGACGGGGCCCGGAUUCCCAAGUGGCACAGACUCUAGCCCACAAAUUACAGAAUCCGGGAAUCCGAUUGAAACCACAUCGCCAGGAAUGCCAGAUGCCGCCAAAAUCGCAAUUGGCGUUGGAACACCCGUCCUCGUUAUCGGGGUUGCGCUCGUAGCAUUCUUCGUAUGGCGUCGGCGUACAAGACACCAAUCACCACCAGUUUACGAGAAAAAUUCCAAAGGCCCAGUCGAGAUUGGGACCAGCGACAAUUCCUAUUAUGGCGGCGGUUACAGGGGCGCUGGACCUUAUGAAAUCUAUAGCGCUCCAAAGCCACCACCGAUUCCUGAACACCAUGUCAAUGUCCACGAAUUGCACUCAUAG